UCGCUCACCGUUCCGUUACACGGGUCCGUUUCUCCCGGUUGUGUUCAGUGCAGCAGCUGCGAGGAUCUGAGGAAACUCACUCACUCUCUCACCCUCCCGUGUCUCGGAUACUUUACGGUCCCGCCCGGUCUUCAGUCACCCGCUCGGGAGCAGAGAACCGUCCCGUCUUGAGAGGAUGCUGAGUCUCGGUCUGUUCGUGUCUCUGGUGGUUCUGACGGUGUCCGUUACCGGCAGCAGUGACGGAAACCCGCUGGACAAUGAUAAGUGGAUGAGCACCGUGUCCCAGUACGACAAAAGCAAAUACUGGAACAAAUUCCGCGACGACGAUUACUUCAGAACCUGGAACCCCAACAAAGCACAAGACCAAGAGAGCGAGUCGAACCCACGAUCAGAACUGAAACCUAAAUCACACUCACAGACCAAGAGCAGAACUGCUGACGGGCUGGACAGCACUAAAGACCCGUGUAUGAAGGUUCACUGCCCUCCUCACAAAGUGUGUGUGAGCCACGACUUCCAGACGGCCAUCUGCGCCAAUCACAAACCAGUACAGCACAGCAUUAAACCCAGGAAAGGAAAUCCCCCACAUAAGCGUUGGAUGGGAGCUGUGAAUCAUGGGAAAUGUAGGCCAUGUCCUGUAGUUCACUCCAGCUUGGUGUGCGGCUCUGACGGACACACAUACUCCUCAAAGUGUAAACUUGAGUUCCAGGCCUGCAGCACGAGCAAGAGAAUCUCUGUGAAGUGUGAGGGUCCGUGUCCCUGCCUGCCAGGACAGGAAGUCAUCAAACCACACGCAGAGAAGAACGGCUGCAGCGAUGCUGAUUUGAAAAGUUUAGCAUCCAGACUCAAAGACUGGUUCGGGGUUUUGCACACGGAUGCCAACAGAGACCUGAAGAGCACCACGAGUGACACCGCACAAGGACGUUUCGACACCAGCAUUUUGCCCAUCUGUAAAGAUUCUCUCGGGUGGAUGUUCAACAAGCUGGACAUGAACUAUGACCUUCUGCUCGACCAAUCAGAGCUCAGCGCCAUUUACCUUGACAAAUACGAGCUGUGCAUGCGGCCACUGUUCAACUCCUGCGACUCCUUCAAAGACGGAAAGCUGUCCAACAACGAGUGGUGCUACUGUUUCCAGAAACCUGACGGCAUGCCGUGUCAGAAUGAGAUGAACAGGAUUUAUUCUCAGAGCCGGAGGAAGACUCUGAUAGGGGCGUAUGUGCCGCGCUGUUCUGAGGACGGGUAUUUUAAGGCCACUCAGUGUCAUGGCAGCACCGGUCAGUGCUGGUGUGUCGACAAAUACGGCAAUGAGAUCGCAGGAUCCCGCAGACAGGGAAACCCUACCUGUGAGGAGGAUCAGGAGACGUCUGGAGAUUUCGGCGGGAGCGGUGCCGUGAUUCUACUGGACGAUCAGGAGGAGGAGUCUCCGCAGCAUGGGCGGGGCCGACAGAAAGAGAGGCGGGGUCGACUCCACCCCCGCGGGGCGAUCGAGGACGACGAAGACGGAGAGGACGACGAGAUGGGCUACGUCUGGUAGCUCCGCCCACCCAUCUUCCGCUAAUUAACCAGGGACCCAUGUUAAAAUGCACAGUUCUGAAGCCAUUCCAGCUCCGCCCCCCCUCAGACACGCCCCCUUCUUCUCAUUCUGGAUCUAAACUUGUCCUUCUCAUUCUCUCUUUCUCUCUUUCCUCAGCCACCUCUUCAUGUUCUGUCCUCUGUUUUCCCUCUUUAAAACUCUCCUGGAUCGCUCUUGCAGCUCUAGACGGUAGACGUGCAUGACGAGAUUGUUCAGCAUUUCGGGGGCUUCAUACCAGUUCUACAUAGGAUCUUUUUAAAGGGUUCGUUCUCAGUGGUGAUAUGCAUGAACGCCACUGCUGAAUGCAGGAGAAGACGUCUGAGACCUUCGAGGGCAAGGAUCAGGUGGGCUUAAGCCAAACGCGCACUACAAGACCGAAGCUCAUCGCGCUUUCAUGUUUUAAAUCUGCCACAAGAGGCUGCGGAUCGUAGUGAACUCACAGCAUUAAUGUUCGCUCUGUGUGAGACACACUACAACUUGUCACAGAUGCUACGAUACUAGUUAAAAUCUAAAAUCUCAGCAAAGAGCAACAAGGUAAUGAGAUUGCAAGAGAAAGAAAAUGGUUAAUUUCUCCCAAAGCACUGGCUCAUGCAUUUUUUUGUUGCAUGCAAAAUGACCUGAAAGCCCUUCCCUUUGUGGGAAUGAGUUCGUGUGAGAAUGAGAGAGAGUUUGUGCAGGAUGAUCUUGUAAUUAAUGCUUGUAGACUGUGAUUAGUUGAGUAUAAUGUGCACAAAAACAACACAAGACAAGAAACGGUGUAAAUGUGCACAGAGCGAUGAGCUUCAGUCGGGUUGUGUGUGCUUGACUUUAUGCUGCUUUCACGUCAGUUCACAAUUACUGUAAUUAUAACUAACAAAUCUCAUGCAUGCGACUGUGAACUUAUAGUUGAACUUCAUUGCAAAAAGUACUGCUCUUCCUCAGUACUUUUGUCUUGUUUUAUAGCACAAAUUUUAUUUCAGUUAGCUGCCAAUACAACGUUUGAGUGUUUAUAUUUUAUUUAGUUUCAGCUUAAUUUCAAUUACCAAAAAUAAUUUCUAAUGGUUUUAGUAAUUUUGUCAUGUACCUUUGUAAUUUAAAUUAUUUUAUAAUGAAUAUUUUUACAUUUUAUAAUAAUUAGUCGACAUAGUUUAAAAAUAUAUAUAUAUAUAUAUUAGUACUUGUUAAUUCAUUUCAAUUAGUUGCCCAGGCAACAUUUCUAAUUUUCAUUUACUUGAUAUGCAGAAUAGAUAUUGAUAUUGAGUUUAUGCUUAAAAGGAGAAAAAUAUCUGCCAGUGGAGUCAGAAAAAUAAUCUUCAUUUUAAUGAACUUGACUUCAAGAUUAUUUUUCUGACCCUUAUGGCAGACAUUUGUUCUUCUUUUAAGCAUAAACUCGCUUCAUUUUGCUAAAUUUAUCUGCAAACAAGACUCGAAGUGACUUUAUGCUGAAAACAAGAACAGAUAUCUGUAAAUGGGGUCAGAAAAAUAAUCUUGUAUGUUUAUUUUUCUGACCCCAUUAGCAGAUAGUUGUUCUUGUUUUAAGCAUAAACAUCUAAAGCUAAAAAUCUUAGAAAACAAGACUUAAUAUGCCAUUUUGGAUUUGAAGUAAAUAUAAAUUGAUUUAAGAAUAUUUAGAUGUUUAUACUGGAAAACAAGAUAAAAAUACUGAGAAAGAACAGCACUUUUUGCAGUGUUUACCAUUGUGCAUCAUGUAAAACAACCAAAAUGACUAAAGUUAUUUGACUGCUUGUUUGAUAUGGUUUCAUUAUAUUGCAGGCAGUAUUGCCCAGAGCCUUUUUUUAGUUUUUCAACAUUUUGCAAAGGAAUCUGAGCAUAAAUUCAUGUAUUUACUAUCACGGAUGCCAUAGUAAGAAAUAGCAUCUGUGUCCAAGCAUGUGAACAGAAUCUGGUAAUUGCAGUAAUUGCGACGCGAUGUGAACGCAGUGUUGAGCCGUGAGCCUGAUAUUAUCGUUUGUUUGUUGUCUUCAGCUGAUGAUUUAGUUUCAGAGUCCUUCAUUCUGUUUUGUUGUUUUUCUUUCACCGACUCGGAGUGUUUAAGUGGAUCGUGACCUUUGCGUCGGCUCUCGCGAUCCGUUCGCUGAAGCUGGAGAGUUUCGGUGUGACAGAAUUCAGAAGCGAUCAAACGGCUCGUCAGCCUGACCUUUUCAAACCAUUACUGAACGCUUCCUCUCGCUGAAAAACAGAAGGCGAAUGAAACAGCGUGACGGCUGUCGGCAGAUGAAUUUGCCGUCGUUAGCGCAUCCGUGAGACUCUGGGCCCUGGAGUCACGUCCGCCUCGAAUCUUCAUCUCAUUCUGCAUUCGUCAUUCGAUCGAAAUAGUUGGAUAUGUCAAGCUUAAACAGUUUUAUAAGCACACGUGAGGUUCAUAUGGCAGAAUCUAGGCCUUCUGACAGGCAUCACAACCUCCGCUUGCUGUUUUCUGCUUUUGAUUUGCAUACAGUUCUUUCUUUUUUUUGCUGAUCUCACUUGCUCAGCAAUCCCCCGCUCGGCUCCUAUAGAGAAGGAACUGGCGAUGCACCGCUAUUAGACCGGAUCGGAUGAUCCACGAUCCUCAAACACAAACACUGCAGAAGAGUUUAGUACUGAUAUCAGAUCACAGCAGCUUAGACUAUAUUCACACACUCGUUUCUCAGAUUCCUGGCAUGUCUUUUCCCGCUCAUGUCAGCGGUGAGUUCUCCGCAGAAGGAGACGUCUCGCUCUGUGAUCAUAGACACCACUGCAGAUGGAUUUUACGAGGCAUUUUGCGCCCAGAGGGGAAGUUUCUGGGUGCUCCUGAGGGAUUAUGGGUAACAGAGGAACGAACUGAUGGGCUUAUGGCUUCCUAACACCUUUUUAUUCUAUUCUUUUUUCAUGUGUUCCUCACUGCACCUUUUCAUUCCCAUGUAAACGGUGGUUUAGCUUGGAGUAGGAGGCAGAUUUAAUAGAUCAAGCGGAGUGAAUAAUCAGGAAAAAAUCAUUUACUGACACUGAUGUUGUUCUAAACCUGUAAGUUCACUGCUUUUAUACAUUACAGGGAAGCUGACUAAACAAAAUCAACAUAAAAGCAUCAUACAGUCUUGAAAUGAAAGGUUCUUUAUUGGAAUCUGUGGUUCCACAAAGAACCUUUAACAUCUAUUCCACAAAAGGUCCUUUAUAGUGGAAAACGAAGAUAAAAUUGUUGUUUUAAGAACUUUUCACUAAAAGGAAUUGCAUUUCUAUUGCGUAUAAGUAUUUGUAUUUUAUUAAAUAUGUUAAAAACAUGAGAUAUGACAACAGACACCAUUAGUUUUCAUGUAAUUGGAGAGAUUUGAGAGCUGCGGGAAGACAAAAUCUUUCAGGUUUGGAACAACACAAGGGUUUUUUCUUAGGCUGCCCUAAAACAGGGCUGCACGAUUUCAAAUAUUUAUGAAAUAUUAAAUGCAGUAUUAAAUUAAAUACAAUAUUAAAUAUUAUUUCAGUGUAGAAUACUAAAUUGCAUAUUUAAGAAAAUAAUAUUAUUAGUAAUAUUAUAUUGUUAUGAAUAAUAUCAACUAUAAAAAUUACAGUGCUGUUUAUGGCUUUCUUAAUUUCUUCAUUUUCACAUAUUUAACCUUAAAGCUUUUAUUUUGGCAGAAAGCCGUUUUUGAGCUGCUCACGUGUAAAUGAACACAGUGUCACGCUUCACUCUGAAACACACAGCGCAUUUAUAUUUUUAAUUAAAUCACAACCUUUUCUUUUUUAAACUAAGCCAUAUCGUGAUUUUGGUUUUAUUUAGUUUAAUCAUGCAGCCCUAUCCUGAAAUAUAAGCAUCAAGCUACAGGAAGUCCAUCCUUCUUUCAUUCUGACUCUCUUUCUCUCUGUCUAUCGAUCACAUUCUCAGAUGAAAUCAGUUGUUAUCAUGAUAAGCUGAGAGCAUUACACACACACACACACACACACACACACACACACCCCCCGUAUCUGAUCUCUGUAGAACUGCAUCAUGGACUUCUGACGAUAACAAUGACCUUUGAGGUGACCUCUCCCCUCCUCUAGUGCUGCUGUGUGUCUGAUGCCUGGCCUGCAACUGUAAACUUCCCCCGGCCCGUCCCGCCUCUGCCUGCUUCGCUCCUGUACAAAGGUGCAAUAAAAGCUUUGUCACGAUGUUUUCACAUAUUUUACCGCAAACACACACACACACAUACACAGGCGAUCUGACCGCUCACACCUGCAGCUAAAGAUGAAACAGUCGAUGGCCAUAUUUGCAAGAGUUUCCUUUGUUAAUUCUCUAUAUUUUUUACUCUGUAAAGACAAUAAUUAAUGUGUAAAAAACAAGAAAAAAUGCUGAAUGUUCAACUGGAGAUGUAAUUAAUGACGUCAUGUGGCUUCGUCCAUUUGCCUUGCCUGAGUCUGGAUGUGUAAAAACCCUCCUGUGGUCCUGAGUUCAGUGUACAGACCCUCCUCUGUCUCUCUAUCUGUCUGUCUCUCUCUCUUUCCACCGUCACAGUGCCGCUGUUCGCACCGGAUUCACUGUUCAGUGUAACCCAAUGUGGGUUUUUAACAGCCAAAACUGAUAGCUAGGUGGCUGAUCAGAUUUAAUGACAGAAAAUGAGGUCAAAUUAAAUUGUUGAAAUGAAACAUCUUAAAAGCUCUAUAUUGGCAUUGAUGGUUCAAUGGAGAACCUUUAACGUCUGUGAAAGGUUUUUCAAAAGAAUAUUCACUUACAGGUUCUUUGAGAAACCACAAAUUGUUCUUCUAUGGCUUUGCUGUGACCUCCCUCUUUUUAAGAGUGUAUUUUAUACAUUAUGUGCUCAAAAAUCACUAAACCACAAAACAAGACCGUUUUGAGCGCCCGUGAUCCAUGAUCUAAAAAAUCAGCCAGUUCUGGGUCAGAUCUGAAAAGUCUGGUUUUGUGUUGCAGAACGCCGGCACCGCUUCGGUGGUUUCUUGUGUUUUCCCGUCAUUUCCCCCUCCUGAUCGAGAGUCCAAGUUGGAAUGUUCUUGUUCUGGGCUGAUUUGUUUGCUCUGUUUGGUUUGUUUUGUUUCUCUCUCUCUCUUUUUCUCUCUCUCUCUCUUCCUUUUUUUAUUUUUAGUUUUAGCUGUAAAAUGAUUCCUUGAGAAAUUGUUUGUCUGAAUAAAACUGGAGUUUGUCCUCGUCCA